AUGAAUUCGAAUCCAAAUGGAACUGCUGUUAAUGGUGCUACUUCACGUCCAGCCACAGCGAAUCGUUUAUUACGUUCAACAACGACUACACUCGGCUCAAAUUAUCAAAUAGGUCGUAUAUUAGGUUCGGGUAAUUUUGGUGAAAUACAUUUGGGAAGAAAUACGGAAACACAUGAACAUGUGGCUAUUAAAUUAGAACAAUCAUCAACACGUACACCACAGUUAGCACAUGAAUAUCGAUUUUAUUCUAUGUUAGGUAAACAUGAUGGUGUUCCACAAGUACAAUUUUAUGGACAAGCUGGUCCAUGUAAUGCACUUGUAAUGGAAUUAUUAGGACCAUCAUUAGAAGAUCUAUUUGAUUUAUGUUCAAGACGUUUUUCAUUGAAAACUGUUUUAAUGAUUGGCUUACAAUUGUUAGAUAGAAUUGAAUUUGUUCAUUCAAAAAAUCUUAUUUAUCGAGAUAUUAAACCUGAGAAUUUUUUAAUUGGGCGUGGUAGUACAAAUCGUCAACAUAUUAUACACAUUGUUGAUUUUGGUCUAGCAAAAGAGUAUCGAAUAGCUGAUGGAUCACAUAUACCAUAUCGUGAACAUAAAAGUUUAACUGGUACUGCUCGAUAUAUGUCAAUUAAUACACAUCUUGGUCGAGAACAAAGUCGUCGGGAUGAUUUAGAAGCAUUGGGCUAUAUGUUUAUGUACUUUCUACGGGGUAGUCUACCGUGGCAAGGCUUAAAAGCCGAUACAUUAAAAGAGCGUUAUCAAAAAAUUGGCGAUACAAAACGGUUUACAACGAAUGAAAUGUUAUGUGACGGUUAUCCUCGUCAAUUUUUAACUUAUAUGCGAACUGUACGUCAGAUGGAAUUUGCUCAAGAUCCUGAUUAUGAUGGUUUACGUCGAUUAUUUCAUAAUGCACUUAGUGAAAAUAAUCUUAUUAAUGAUGGAGAUUUUGAUUGGGUAAGACGUUUACAAGAACAUCGCUUAAAUCGUAGUAAAACACUAACAACAGCAGCAGCUAAUACAAACACAACUGGUACAACAUCAACGAAUCCUCCAACCGCCUUAUCCACCGGUAUUACUAGUAAUACAACCAAAAAUACAAAUACUCUGACAAAUUUAUCAACAUCAAUUACACAAACCCCAACCACACGUCACAAUCAAAAUGAAUCUCGUAAUCGUUCAACGAUGCAACGAAAUGCAUAUCAACAUCAUCAAUUACCAUUAAGUUCAACAAAUCGAUCAACAAAUGCAACAACAGCAACAUUAAAUGGUGGUUCAAAAACCACUUUAUCAAUGGCAAGUACAAGUAAAAUUCAACCAACACUUCCAUCUUCUUCAUCAUCACGUAUAGCAACUGAAAAUCAUCGACCUGGACCACCACCAACAAAACGUCGUGGAUUAGUUCCACAACCACCACCAUUACCUUGCUAUUCCUAUCAUCAUACACAUCAACAACAACAUUCAGCUAAUGUAAAUAAUUCUAAUAAUACACAUAUGAAUAAAGAACAACAUUCAUCAGUUAUUGGUCCACCAUCUGAACCAACAUGUUGUUUUUUUAAACGUAAAGCAAAACGUGCCUUACAGAUAACAUCAACUACACCUCGAAGAACCUAG